AUGACCACAGUCAUCCCAAUCAACCCGAAUGCCCCCGAGUACUACAUCAUCGUAACCAGCCAAUACAAUGUGCCAGCCUGCAUCGGCCCCUCUGAUUUGAACAAUAAUCCCGUCUCGAAGCUGAGGCAGAAAGUCGAUGUGACAAACCGAUGCAAGUGCUCCAACAUCGAUAACUCGGGCGUGACAUGCUUGUACUCAGCUCGAUCACCUUCGGACAAUACGCUCCAUCAGUACACUUGCUUAAACGACACGAGCUGUCGCAAUUCAUGCAUCAUGAGCGCCACCUACAUCCUCGAUAAUAACAAUCCCUGCAACAUCCAAGGCUAUCGGCUCCUGAACACAACGAACCCACUGGAUCCGAGCGUGCUUGAUCGCAGCUUCAUUACGUCGUCGUUCGCCUACAGCGCCCAGAGCCUCGGCGGUUCCUGCGACAACAUCGUUUCCGUCGUCUGGGUGCCCGUCUAUCUCAAGUGCACCAGCAUCGGUAACGGCCUCUACGUUAUAUCUCAGAGACCCACACCUAAUUCGACCGUUUCGACUUAUGCCUGCUCUGAUCCGGGCUGCAACACCUGUGUUCCUGGAUACGGACUGACACUCGAUCAAAGCUGCACCCCGUCCCCUUCCGGCCCGCCCUGGAACAUAACCACGAGCACGAACGGCCCGGUGCUGAGCGACUCCAGCAUCACGAUUCCGACUGCCUUUCCCAACCAGACCGCACCGUCGAGCUCCGGGCCGGUGGCCUCGCCCAGUGCAACGGCACAGACCACACCCGUCCCGACGGUAGACACAAAUUCAAACAGUAUCAUCGUUGCUGUUGUUUGCAGCAUCAUCGGAGCCAUCACCGGUGUCGCGGCGGCAUUCUUCUGGCUUCGGUACAAACAGGGCAAGAAGACGCCUGCUUUGGAGGCAGGCUCAGCACAGCCACCCACCCACAGACCAACACACCAUGAUCUUUUGGACCCUGGUCAAGGCCGAGACCGAUCCUCUGGCACCCUGGUCGUCUCCGAUACCUCAUCGCCCCAGCCGGAGAGUCCCUCAUCGUCGUCGCCACGGGGCUCGUAUGUCCCUGGCAUGGCGCUGGAACAGGCAUCGCAGCCUCGACUGGCGUUCCCACCACGAUACUCCACGACCGAGGUGCCUCGUGCUCUCCCAUCAACCCAGCGCAAUUCGCUGGCCUCCUUUGCGGACAAUGUCAAAGUGGCCCUGCGUCGCUCCUACGCCUCGGCGACGACCACCUCGGAGCUCCCAAGCUACAACGAACUGUAUUCGCAGCAACCCGAAUCCUCUGCUGCAGCCCAUCAUGAGGUUCCUGCCACUGACAUAUCGCCCGUUUCGGUGCAAGUUGCCGUCUCGGAAAUGGCUCCAGACUCUGCCGUCGUUCAUGCCGAGUACGAUGCCACUCCGGUCGAAGCGAUUCAGGUGACAUCUGCGUCAUCUGUGUCAGCGGCUGCCGAUAGCGACAUCAAGCUGCCGAUCCGCGCAGGCCCGGAGCAGCCCUAUGGCGAUGAAAAGGCUGCUCUUGCCACUGCCACCGCUGCCGAUCGGUCGAUCGAUCCAAUUGAGCUCUAUGGCAUUCCAGGGCUGCUUGAUAUCGUCGACAGCCCAACCGUGCUCGACCAAAAGUUGGCCGGCGAGGAAAGCACUUCAAUUCUAUUUCCAGUCUAUCGCUAUGGCACCGAGAAGAGCUUGGCCAAGAGCCUCACCGAAUCCCUCAGUCUGAAACAAAAAUCCUCCAUCAAGUCGACCAAGAGCACCAAUACGCGAUACGCCUAA